AUGCUGAGGAGAAAGAGCAGAGAGGAGUCAGAGCUCAGAGCUUUAUAUCAGCAGCCACCGUCCACACCUUUCAGCAUCUCAGAGCUUCAAGUCAACAACGCAGAUACCAACACACCUGUUUCAUCCUCACCGUGUGGAGUCUCUCUGCCAGACAGCAUCAUGGCACAGUGUAACGUCUCAUCCAGAUACCAGGACAUCAUCUCCAAAAGUACUCUGAUCUCUUCAGGAUCUCCUGCUGUCUACCAGCUGAGAACAAAGGAAGAGAAGUUUGGGACUCUGACAAGAAAAACUGUUGGAGAGAAAAACCCAAACAAGAUAAACAGAACCAUCUUACUUGUAGGUGAAACAGGAGCAGGAAAAUCUGCUCUGAUCAACGCUCUGGUCAACUACACCAUGGGAAUGAAGUUUGAGGACAACAUCUGGUUUGAGAUCGUAGAAGAUGAGAAGAGGAGUCAGUCAGAGAGUCAGACAUCAGAUGUGAUCUUGUACGAGAUCUUUGGUUAUGAAGAUGAAACUCUGCCCUACUCUCUGACCAUCAUCGAUACUCCUGGAUUCGGAGACACCAGAGGGAACGAACAUGAUGACAUCGUUAGUCAAAAAUUAUUGGUCUUGUUCAGCUCAGACGAUGGAGUUCAUGAACUUUCUGCAGUGGGUCUGGUGGUGAAGGCGACUGAGAAUCGAGUGAGUGAUCGAAUGAAGUACAUCUUUGAUUCAGUGAUGUCUCUGUUUGGGAAAGACAUUGAGAAGAACAUUGUACCUCUCAUCACCAACUCUCCUGGAAGAACACCUAAAAAUGUUCUGAAAGCUCUUGAAGCUGCAAAUAUUAAAUGUGCCAAAGAUGAGAAUAAUCAACCUGUUCACUUCCUGUUUGAUAACUGCCAGACUGAAGACCGAACAGAUGACACAGAAGACCUGAAACGUGCUGAUGAAAUAACAACAACAGGAAUGAAUCAGUUCAAAGACUUUCUAGAUAAAACUGCACCUCAAAAACUGAGUAAUACUGUGGAAGUUAUAAAUAAGCGCAUCAGACUGACAGCCUGCAUUCAAAACCUGCAAGACCGAGUCGAUCUAAUCGAAAAAAAACAGAGAAUGAUCCGACAGAUUGACGAAGCUCUAAAGAAACAUGAAGAAGAGAUGAAGAAGAAUGAAGAGUUCACUGUAGAAGUUGAUGAGCCCUACAAAAGCCAACAAGCCAUCAAUGGGGGUAUGUGGGGGUUAUGGUUUUAUGAAGGAGCUGUCACCUGUAACAGAUGUAAAGAGAACUGUCACUAUCCUGAAUGCACAGUGGCCUGGUAUCCUAGAGAUUGCAAGGUCAUGAAAGGAGGUCUCUGCACUUCAUGUACAGGGAAGUGUCCUGUAUCAGAUCAUGUGAAAGAGAAGUGGAUCUAUGUGACCAAGACCAGGAAAGUCACGAAGACCAAAGAAGAUAUGAAAAAAAUGUUUGAAUUGAAGAAGUCAGAAAGUGAGUUGGGGAAGAGCCUGAUGGAAAUUAUUCAAACUGAGAUGGAAGAACUGACAGCAGAGAAGAUAAAGUUGCUGGAUGAGUCCUACCAACAUGUUGUUAAUCUGGAGCAGAUCGCCCUGAAUGAUAAUUCACUAUCCAUUCAUACUGAGCUGAUCAAAAGGGGGCAGCUCUGA